UGGUGUCAGUUUCCUCCAUUUACAUAAAGAUGCUUUGACCUAAAAGCAGAACAGGAUGAGAGCUAGGAAGGGAAGUAUUUAAUGAAAUCAUACAGAGCAGAGAGAAACAAGCAAAAAGUUUAAAACUUUAUUAACUUCCCAUCUGUGUUUAGAAAGGAAGCUUUCACUGUGAGAGACUGACAUUGACUACAGCAGCAAAGCAACCACAGACAGAGCAGCUACUAUAGCAUGUUGUUGCCGGAUAACGUUUUUUGCAAGACAGGAAAUGAGCGAAGCAGAGAGAUAGAACCAGAGAGGACGACUCUGCCUACAUUGGCACAAACAACGCUCGCCAUAGCAGCCUGUGAAUCAGAUCAAACAGGAGUUCAUGGACCCUUGAACUGAGAAAGAUCCAACCAAGCUUCAGAUCUGCAAUGGGGACCACCGAGGAGAAAGGUUCAGAGCCUGCAGCUUUGCCACCAUCAAAGGAUCAAGGGUUGAUAGAGAAGGAGCCUGCAGGGGAGCCGCCGCAAACGUCAGAAACCUCUGACCCUCUCAACACCUACAAGUGGCACACAGGCUCCAAGGGGGAAGCAAGCAACCUGAAGGAAGAAGGAGAUGGAGACGCCGUUUCCUCCGCACCUGCAAUGGAGAAAUACCAGAAGGCCGCCAGCAAUAAAUGGACCAAGAUGCAGAACUGGCGCAAAGCCCUGAGCGAGGACACGGCUGGGGACAAAGGCUCCUCUGGGGGGAAAAACGCAGACGGAACCAAGUCUGAGAAAGGGGCAGCAAGAAAGAACCCCUUCAGACGAGCCCUGUCUGAGCCUCCGGGAUCACUUUUUGCAGCUCUGAGCUCUACCAGCUCAGCUCAGCCAGCGUCCUCCACAUCUUCUGCUGCUGCCUCUGAGGCCUCAGGAGCCUCAUGUGCUGACCCCUCGCAGAAAGGAAGCGGAGGAGCGCUCUUCAAGAAAUACCUGUGGAAUGUAACCCAGAAGCUGAAGAGGCCGAAGCUGCAGACUCGCAGCAGCACUCCGACGUUGUCAGCAGAUCUGCGUGAGGUUGACGCAACAUCCGAGGCCUCCACUGAACUUCCCAGGCAACAAUGGGCGCCCCCUCAGGAGGUCCCCCUGUGGGACAUCUGCAACUGCAUCCUUGAGGAUGGACAGAUUCUCAUCUCUCAGGAAGACGAGCCGACGACAUGGAUCCGGAACCGGGUCAGCAGCUGCUUGUCCAACCCCAGCAUGCAGAACCUCGUGGACAUCGACUCAGAGUGCAGCCCUGACCAUGGGGGCCCCUCGGGCAGCAGUCGGCCAAAGAGCCAGGAUGGCGGAGUGAAGGGGAUGAUCAAGCGGCGCCUGGAUAAGGUCAAAAGGAACAGCACCUCCCAGCUGAUCCCAGCAGGACUCAAAGGAAGCAGGUAUGGUUCCCGGGAGUCUGUUUCCAUCCCAGUCGGCGCAGUUGGGAGUCUGGAUCUGAGCGCUGACACCAGCAUGGUCAUCAGGCCCGUCCACGGCUCCAUUUUAGGGGAGAAGUACUGCUUUGAGGUGAUCAGCACGGAGAACACCCACUGCUUUGGCUGUUCCUCGGCAGCCGAGCGGGACCGCUGGAUUGAAGACCUAAGAAGGGCAGCUCAGCCCAACAAGGAUAAUAUUGAACGCACUGAGAACUCCCUGAGUUUGUGGGUAAACGAAGCCAAGGAUCUGCCCCCCAAGCAGCGUUACUACUGCGAGGUACACCUGGACGGGACCCUGUUCGCACGCACCAGCAGUCGUACUGUUGGCAAGGCAGCUAACCGCUCCAGCAUGCCGGGGGACGCCUCUGCCAAGUCUUCAGGAGGGCCAGGGGCCGGUGGAAGUGGGGUUGGAGGGUGUCAACUCUUUUGGGGGGAAUUCUUUGAGCUCGACAACCUGCCCUCCGUUUCCCAAAUCAGCCUGCACCUUUUCCGGGAGGACGACCCAAAGAAAAAGCGCCAUUCCAAGGAUGAGUCAAGCCUGCACCCACUGGGCAGUGUGGCGAUAUCCAUCGCUGAUGUUCUGGGAAGGACCUACCAGGAGAAAUGGUACCCCAUUGUUCCAUACAAAGCUUCAGGCACAGUGGCGACCAAAGAGCUGCUGGGCCCACAGGCCUCUCUCCGCAUCAAGGCCCGCUUCCAGAAUUUGAAAGUGCUGCCCAUGGAAAAAUAUAAAGAGUUUGCAGAGUAUGUGACGGUGGAUUAUGUCGAAAUGUGCAAAAACUUGGAGCCACUUCUGAAUGUGAAGGAGAAGGAAGAGUUGGCAGGAGCUCUGGUUCAUGUACUCCAAAGUAUCGGCAAGGCCAAGGAAUUCCUUAUUGACCUGGGCAGCGCAGAGGUGGAACGACUUGGAGAGAAGGAAGCGCUGAUCUUCAGAGAGAACACACUAGCUACUAAAGCCAUAGACGAAUACAUGAAGCUGGUUGGCCAGAAGUACCUCAUUGACACACUAGGAGACUUCAUCACUCGACUUUACACCUCGGUGGAGAACUGUGAAGUCGAUCCACUUAAAUGUCCUGCGGCUGACCUGUCAAAUAACCAGAGACACCUGAGAUCCGCCUGUGAGGAGGUGAUGCAGAAGAUUAUUGAGAUCCACGGACCUUUUCCGGAAGAGUUAAACAAGAUCUUCUCCAGUUGGAUGGAGCUGUGUGAGGACAAGGGCAGGGCAGAGAUUGGCCAGCGCCUCAUCUCUGCUUCGCUCUUCCUUCGCUUCCUGUGUCCCGCUGUGCUGAGUCCCUCCCUUUUUGGUCUGAUACAACCCUAUCCAGAGCCCCACACUCUACGCACUCUGACCUUAACUGCCAAAGUCAUCCAGAACCUGGCCAACUUCACACUGUUCGGAGAGAAGGAAGAGUACAUGCUGUUCAUGAACGAAUUCUUGGAGCAGCACUGGGACGGAAUGAGGUUUUUUUUGCAAACGGUCUCCAAUCAAGACACAGAAAUCCCGAUGACAUCUUUCGAUGGCUACGUGGAUCUGCCGUUACGUCUGGCUGUGCUCCACGGCCUUCUGGUGGGCAUCAUCCACACAAAGGACCAGGAAACAAUUGAGAAGCUGCAUCCUCUGCCUUUGAUUCUCAACCACAUAGCUGACUCACUUGGCCCUGAGGCGCCUCGGAUUGUCAUCAACAGCAAUACUGAACAGUCUAAGCCAGUUUAUGUUCCUCCUAAGGACUUGGGCAAGUACAGCCCUCACCAGUCCUCCAUGCAGAAGCUGCCUCUGGAUUCAAAGGGCGUCCGAGACAAGAUGACAGAGCAACAGAGAAAACCGAUCAAGAGAACCCAGAGUGCUCCACACAAACGUCCCAUUCACCCAAAACAACCCCUGAAGAGGCAGAAAAGCUCUGAAACACUGCCGUCACCCGAGCAGGAGUCAACGGCAAUGGCCGACCAACCGCAGGAGGCCAACCAGCCAAGCAUCUCACCACCACAUCCUAGUGGAACUGUCAAGCGGCCGCCAGCACCAGUUCCCUGGAUUAUAGUCAAUCCCAACAGGGAGUCAAGUGAGAUGAAAGCAGAGAACGAGCAGUUCAAUUUACUGGAUAAGCAUGCUCAGGAGCUUUCGGAGCUGCGUCUGGGGAUCGAACAGGUGACAGAGCGGGAGCUGGACAUGGCGAAGCGCCUGGAGGACUUCAUCAUCCAAAGCCAGGACCAGAAUGCGGUGUUGCAAGCUGAAGUCCAAGAGUUGAGGAACCUGCUAGCUGUAAGAGAAGAACAGCUGGCUAGCGCCACCUUCAGAUUGGGGGUGAUUGAAGAGGAAAGAGAAGAGGAUGAGAGGAAGUUAAAUGUUGCUGUUGCAGCAGCCGAGAGAAUGAAUGUGCUGGAGGAGCAGUUUGCAGGCCUGAUGAGGGAUCUGCAGCAGCUGACAGAAGCAUCCAAGAGCGGCCAGAAUAACACACAGCCCCCCGACAAACAACACAUCACCAGCAACUAAAUCUUUGCAGAGAGAACUUGUUCAAUUAGGUCACUUUUAGAGGGAAAACAAAACAAAAAAAGCCUGAACUGUGUUUUAACAUCUGUGAUUUGUAUAUAAGAUGCUUUCAGGAAGCGGAUUUACAGGCAGCUGUGACUCUCUGUUUCAAAUAUGAAGGGAACGUCCACUGUCUUAAACAGGAAGUUUGAGAAACUCAGUAAGUUUUAUGUAAAAAUAGGUAGAGAAAAGUUGCAGCUCAUUGUGGGAUUUCUUUUAUUCUUUUUUUUACUUUUCACUUGCUGAUAAAGAAAAAAAAAUACCCAUUGAAGCGGAAAUACAGGCUUAAAACAGGUGGACAGAAAAAAUUAUUUAGUUGUACGGAUGACAGGAGGAUUAUGUUUUGUGUAUUAUUUGUGACCAAAUUUAGAUUUUUUUAAACCUGUAUGAGUCAUGUAAUAAUGUCAGCUUGAGAUGCUGGAGAUUUCCCAUAAUGCAGGUGAAAUGUGAAUGGAUUCCAAACUGCAGAAAAAACACUUGCAGGAUUUGUGACAUCUGUUUUGGCUUUUGUACACUUGAUUCAUAUGUGGUUGACAUGGAAAUACCUUUGGAAAUAAAAAAAAACAAUAUAUUGUU